ACGAGGAGGGGCGGAACUGCCACAGGCUGGGCAGGGCAGUCUCCCAGCAGAGGAUCGGGGCGUGUCCCGGUUAGAAGUCAUGCUUGGAAGGUCUGGCUACCGGGCACUGCCCUUAGGGGAUUUUGAUCGUUUCCAGCAGUCGAGCUUCGGCUUUCUGGGUUCGCAGAAGGGCUGCUUGUCCCCAGAGCCGGGCGGCGUGGGGCCGGGGGCCGAUGCACCGGAGAGCUGGCCCUCCUGUCUCUGUCAUGGCCUCGUCAGUGUCCUGGGGUUCUUGCUGCUGCUGCUCACCUUCCCCAUUUCUGGCUGGUUUGCUCUGAAGAUUGUGCCCACCUAUGAGAGGAUGAUUGUGUUUCGACUGGGCCGGAUCCGUAACCCCCAGGGGCCUGGCAUGGUUCUUCUCCUGCCCUUUAUUGACUCCUUCCAGAGGGUGGAUCUGAGGACCCGAGCCUUCAACGUUCCUCCUUGCAAGCUGGCCUCUAAGGAUGGGGCUGUGCUGUCUGUGGGAGCUGAUGUCCAGUUCCGCAUCUGGGACCCAGUGCUAUCCGUGAUGGCUGUGAAGGACCUGAACACAGCUACUCGCAUGACAGCCCACAACGCCAUGACCAAGGCCCUACUCAGAAGGCCACUGCAGGAGAUCCAGAUGGAGAAGCUCAAGAUCGGUGACCAGCUCCUGGUAGGUGGCUUCUCACAAGCUGGGGCCCAGGGACGCCGCCUCUCAACAGGACAAGGCCGAGUGGGACAUGGAGAGCCUGAUGGCAUCCCUGACGUGGUGGUGGAGAUGGCUGAAGCAGACUUGCAGGCCUUGUUGAGCAAGGAACUUCGGCCCUUGGGGGCCUACAUGAGUGGGCGGCUGAAGGUGAAGGGUGACCUGGCCGUGGUCAUGAAGCUGGAGGCUGUACUCAAGGCCUUAAAGUAGCCGUGUUGGUUGUCCAUCAGACACCUAGCCCUGAACCUGGUGCCAAGCCCGAGAAGCCUCUUGGAAUAGGAGGCGUUGGUUUGGGCCAUGGAAAACUGAGGCCUGAAGAUGUUUCAGGCCCAACAAGGAGCCCAGGAAGCUGGGAGACAUCUACUGCUGGUCACAGCUGAGUCAGGUGUACCACCCCUUAGCCUGUGGUAGUUCUCUGGACAGGCCUUUACUCGCUCAAUCCCCAACAAAUGCUUAGUGCUGAGUCGGAACACAGAGUGAAGACAGAGAGCCUGGCCUGCCAUACCCAACUGAUAACCUGACCAGAGAGACAAGAAGCACAGAAGCAGUCUGAAUGGCAGCCAUGUGAAGGAUCACAGCACAUGGAUCAUGGUUCUGACAUUCAGGGAGAUAAGAGGGGAGGGAAGGUGAGGGAGGGUGGCCCUCAAGAAAGGGUUACUGUAGCGGAUCCAGGCAGCCCUGCCUUCCUUUUGGCAAGCCAGAACAGGCUGGGUGGGGAGGGCAUGUUAUAGAACAAUUUGCUUUUCUUAUGGGUCUGCUCCUGAAGACACCGGGUCUUAUCCUCUGGCUCCAUCCUGCAUGUUUAAGGAGCUGGGCUCAGGGCAGCAUGUGGGAGAGCCCUGCUGUUCCGUGCUUAUAGAGGUUUGGAGCCUCCAACAAAUAAAUGUGGCGUUCACGGUGUGGAA